AUGAAAAAAACUUUGUAUAAGUGGUUUUUACGACAACGAGAGAGGAAUGCACCAAUAAGUGGUUUAAUUUUAAAAGAGAAAGCCAAAUAUUUUCACGAAAAACUGUACGACAAAAAUUCCACUUUUUCUGCGAGCUGGGGGUGGUUGCAAAAGUUCAAGAAAAGAUUUGGCAUACGCUUCAUAACAAUAACUGGUGAAAAACUAUCUUCUCAGCCCGAGCUGGUUUCACCAUUCUUACGUAAACUUGAAGAAAAAAUCAAGGACCUAAACUUAGACUAUCACCAAGUUUACAACGCCGAUGAAACCGGCUUGUACUGGAAGCUUUUACUUGGAAAGACUUACGUAUCCAGUGAAGAAAAAACUGCCUCUGGAAGAAAAACAGCCAAAGAAAGAAUAACGAUUCUAGCAUGUACAAAUGUGACUGGACUACAUAAAUUAACUCCUUUGGUAAUAGGGAAAGCUAAAAAACCACGAAGUUUUAAGAACUCUUACAUUCCUGUACACUACAAAAACUCACAAUCUGCAUGGAUGAUAGCUGGAAUUUUUAAGGAAUGGUUCAAAGAAAUUUUUGUUCCUGAGGUGAGAAAGUUUCUUAAGAAACAAGGUCUUUCAGAGAAAGCACUUCUUUUAUUGGAUAAUGCCCCCAGUCAUCCCCCAGUAGAGGAACUUUUAUCUGAUGAUGGACUAAUUCAAGUUAUGUAUAUGCCUCCCAAUGUGUCACCCUUAAUUCAACCUAUGGACCAAAACGUUAUUAGGUUGACUAAACUGCAUUAUCGCUCCAUGUUAUCGGCAAUGGUUGUAGCGAAUAAAUCUAAGGACAUGAAUGUCAUUAUCAAACAAUACAACCUCAGGGAUGCUAUUUUAAACUUAUCACGAGCAUGGAACAAAUUAGAAUCAGCAACCAUUAAAAAGUGUUGGAAAAAUAUUUUCGAAAGCCAAAACAAUGAUGAUCGUGAAGACACAAUACCCUUAGCAACUCUUCGUCAAGAAUUGCUAAGCCUGAAUAGCAUUGUAGAGACUAACCUCAAUUUAUUAGAAGAAAUUGAUCCAGGGCAAGACUUCGAAUGUGGAGAUAUCGAAGAAUGGAAUAGAGAUGACUUCGUUGAACAUGAUGAGAAUUGUACUGCAGUGUCUAAGGAUUCAGAAACCAAACAGGAUCAAGAUCAAGAGGUUUCUCAGGCUUAG